UGAUAAAUAUCAGUCUAUACAACAAAUUUGGAAUAAUACUGUGUUUAUAUUCGGAUAUGUGAUGUUUUUAAGUUUUAAAAUAUCGUAUAUCUUAAUAAAUACUGUGCUAAAUGACCGUUUAAUUAUCCCUUAGUAACGUUAACGUACUCACGCGACGGUUAACGUUAAGAUACAGUCCACGCUCGUGCAACAUAAACACUGUCUUUCGAAUCAUAAUGCAGUUUCACUAAAUUAUGUCUUUAUUUAGAUAUUCAUGGAUCCUACGUGAUGAAACUCCACUUGCGUCUUUUGUUUUUAUUGAGCAGAACUGGUUUGCAUGAAAACUAUGAGAUCAAGCAGUGGAGCUGUUUUCACAAGACAGAAUCCAUUUCCUCCAGACCCUCCUUUGUCCAGGAGCCACUACAGCCCAUCUAGAUCGAGAAAAAUCCCAAAGCAACAAAGAAGGCUGGCCUUGAGUCCUGUCCGGUUUGCUGAGCCACCCAGUCUUCCAGAUCCUCCUACUCAGAUAUCACCGUUGAGGACGGAAGACCAGGUUCUCCAUGAAAGAUCACGUAGUGUCCUGCUCUGCCCUCCUUCGUCUAAUGCACGCCAGCUGAGCUUCUCAGAGUCUUGGCCUUCUACUGACCCGAGUUGCUCCACAGACGACACUAACGCUUCUCCUUGCUCUGAAGCUCAGAAGCAAGCCAUGAGAAACAUGAUUUCACCAGUGACAACGGGGGCAAAGGAACCCUCAGUUCUUGCAAAGUACAUUGAACGCUUCCGUUUUGGAAGGCCACAGAGUCGAGAAGAAAGACAGCUUCAGGCAACUGAAGGAAGAGAUGAUCAGCCGUUUUGGUGGAUGCCCACAUCCCCUCUAUCCUCUUCAACACCAACGCAAACAUCAGAAAAACAUAGCAGAGAUCCACUUGACCUCAUGAACGAUGGCCCUACCAGCUCCCAGAGCCCAAUCUCAAAGCCACUGCAUGAUGAAACCACACUGUCUCCAGCUAGACACAUGCUUGACCUCAGUAUGCUGACUUUAUCUGAGUCAUCGCACUGUGACCAAGAAGAACCAGAGAUACUGCAGCUACAGGAGCGGGCCAACCGUUUACUGCAGAGAAGCGAGCAUUCUCUCAGCAGUGGCUCGGUGCCUAUCAGCUCUGAGGGUUUGGGCUGCUCCGAUUUCUCCUCCCCCGUGAGCACUGAUGAGCCAGUCCGAAGACCAGUCGUGUCCACCUUAAUGGGCUCAAUCAACAUAGUUUUAGAGCCCAGUUUGUGUGAGGGAAAGUCUUUUCCACCAGCAGUUGGUUCUGAGGCGUCAGGUGUCCGUCGUGAAGAUGACAUCCUGUUUCAGUGGCGUCUGAGGAGGAAGAUGGAACAGGCCAGACGAUGGAGCCAGGAGGCCCCUUCCCACAAUUCUCUUCUCCAUAUACCUCUAUCACACACUAUAGUAACAAACCAGACGGUACAACAUAGCACUUUAGACAGCACGCCUCAUCAGAGAGCAAAUCUCUCAUUCACUCCAGUCACCUUCGCUAGCCUCGAACCUCCAGUCCCUGAGUCUGCUCUCCCCAUUUCAAGCCCCAGCAUCUCCAGACUUCAGCCUGAUGUCACCCGGGAGCAACCAGACCCCAAUAUCCAACCCAAACCCCUUCCCCAGCGCUCCAGGAAGACUGUCAAAAAGAAUCUUGAAACCCCUUCUGCCCAACCACAGCAUCACAAGCAAAUCAGAACACAAGUCAGCAUCCCAGAAACCACAGAAAAGCACGGCAGAUCGAAGAGGUCCUCUUCUCCAUCUCCACAGACUUCUGACAGCACAGAGGACCGGUGGCCAGCAGUCAAAAGACAGACUGAAAAUGAGAGACGUGAGAAGAAACCUUCAAACCAAAAGAAAAAAUCUGAACGACAUGGUGGCGAGCAAGGCAGCAUUCCAAUGAGGGCUAGAAAUUCUAGGGGUCAUGAAGGGGUCAAUAGCAAGCCGGAAGACUCGAGUGUGAAAAACAGGUGGCAGGAAGAGGGUCAAAGGUCGACACGAGGAAGACUGUCUGGAAAUCAAGCACCACCACCCUCACCUAUACACAAUGCUCUAGGACUGGUUAUCUCUGAGGUGCUUUUUGCAGAGACAGAUUCCCCAACCCUGUGCGAAACUGAGAGUUCUUCAGAUUCCCCAACAUAUACCCCAGCUCCACCCCCACAAUCCCCUGUUGCCUCUUGUUCUGGUGUGCAGCAACCCUUGGAGGUCAUAGAUCAACUCAUGCAGGAUGCAGAAGACUCAGAUGGGCAGGAGUUUGAAGACGAUCCUUUGUUGCAAGUCCUCAGAGAGCAAAGGAAAUGGGUGAAGGAAAAAAUUUGUGAGGUUGACAUGAUGAUCCAGCAGCUCUGAGGCACAUGUUUAAUAUAUCAAAGAUGCAAUAUGUGUCGAACACAUUAUCAUGUUUAUUUUUGCUACUAUUUAUUUAUGCUGUUUUAUGUUGUGGAUUCAAACAUGUAUGAAUGUAUUUCUAAUUAAAGACCUUUGCAAAU